AUGAUCAACGAUCUCAAGUCCGUCAGCCAGCGGCUUUUCGACAACACGGAGUGGCUUGCCCGUUGCUUGUCGGGUAGCAAGGAGCCACCCCCUGGGGACGACGACGCCGCGACCGACGCAUACGACAUGAUUAUUGCAGACGCUCGCGCUAAAACGCCCAUGCGCCCCUUCAUCAAGGAGUAUGUGAUCAAUGAGAUAGAGCUCCUCCCUGGCGCAACUGGCGCCCACAGGAGGAUGCGGACCAGGUUCCAGAACCUCGCGGAGGCGAUCGGCCAGGCGCAGCCCCCAUUGUUUCGCCAUUCGGGCACCAACGUCGUCUUGAAGUUGCAGUUGGAUUACGCCCGCAUGGUGAGCCUGAUCGGCAAUCACGGAGGUCAGAAACUGACGAGGGGAGCAAAGAGGGCCGCCUUCGGGAAGGACUGCGCGGACGUGAGCGCGCCUCGCUGUCACCCGCGGCUCGCCUCAGCAGCGCUUCAGUCCAUCGGGGUCGACGCGAGGGCCUCCUGCCCGACGAUGACGCGGGUGUGCGAGCACUGCAAGGCGCGGCGGGCAUUCCUGGCGGAGCAUUACUUCGUCGGCCCCGACAACGCACAGGUGGAGCUCGCUGAGGCAUUCUACGGGCUCUGCUCGGAUAUCGCCGACGGCGCGGGCCGCAUUUUGAAUGGCCCCUCGCAUCGCGAGCGCAUGGCCUGGCACCGCGACAGGCCAUCUCCGAAGUUCAGCAGAAUCGCCGCGUGUUCAGUCACGGGGAGGACCGCGCGCUGGCGCGACUGCGCGGCGGCGCCGCCGAGUGGCAUCCACGGCGUCGUGCUCGACUUCGACGGGGCCCUGCUCAGGGUGACUACGUUGGCGCAGGAACUCGGUCUCCUGCGCGUGGUUCAGGAAAUUCGACGCACAUCUGGCUUCGAAUGCGCCUUGAAGGCGCGGCCUCAGAUGGAUGCGCCGCGCUGGUCAGGCGGGUCGGCUCCGCGCAGCGGACGGGUGGCGGUCGAGAGGAUCGCCCCCCUAGCUGGUGACGGCGGCAACUGCGUGCUUUCUGUCGCCGAUUGGAUUGAGCCGCGGCGAUCGCCGACGGUCGACGACGACUUUGGUGGCAAUGAGUUCGGCAGGACCAUUGCCGACCUCAACGCUGAGAUGAGCCACUCGUCGCACAGGGGCCCCAGUGCAAUCCCGCAGUGCGUGCGAGUGCCGCUGCAGGAGGCGUUCGGCGCCGCGGGCAAGAGGGCGCACCGGGUGCUUGAGCUCGCGGAGGGGGGGGGCCCAGGCCACUGCGUCGGAGUGCUGUUUGCCGCGGAGGGCGGCGUGGCCCUUUUCUGCCCUGACGCGAAGGGCUGCGCGUUGGCCGGGGAGCUCGCUCGUCUGUGUGAGGGGCUGUCGCCGGUGUGGCAUCGCUACGAGAUCUCUCCUCUUGGCCAAUUGGGCGCCGCUUUGGAUGGGCCAGACUGCCGCUUGGAGGGCAAGGGCACCGGCGGAGUUCCGAGGCUCGAGCCCGCAGCCGCCCUAUUCCGUAG